ACAGAAGAGUCUACAAUAACAGGUCGUGUAUAGUCGAGAGAUCAACGAAAAAACGAAAGUUUUGAGAAUGAAUAAGAUUGUUGAAACGGAACGAGGUAAUCCACCUUGUAAAGUUUGCGGCGACAGAUCCUCAGGGAAACAUUAUGGAGUACAAUCCUGUGAUGGAUGUCGUGGCUUUUUCAAACGAAGUGUCCGUCGAAAGUUGACUUAUCAAUGCCGUGAACGAGGCAUUUGUCCCAUUGAUGUCGCCAGAAGAAACCAAUGCCAGUCGUGUCGACUUAGAAGAUGUUUUGAAGCAGGAAUGAACAAAGACGCGGUACAGCAUGAACGAACGCCAAGACAACAACACAAAGAUUUACCAGGUUUGAUGUUCAACAUGUAUAAGAGCAGCAGGCCCCAGAAACGAAAGAACAGUGAAAUACAAAAUAACCAGCUCAAGAUUAAGACGAAGAAAGAACCUCAGCGCUCACCAAGCUUCUCAGAAGGACACCAAACUGACUCAUCACUUAGUCCCAAUUCGCCUCUCACGGUGAAGGAGAUUGUCUACGAGUCUUCAAUGAGAAUUCUGUACGUCUCAAUACAAUGGGUCAAGCAUAUGCCUACAUUUCAAGAUCUACCCCACAACGACCAGAGUCUGCUACUACACCGAGGAUGGUGCGAGGUGUUUCUAUUAGGCCUUUUGCAAUGGAAUCUUCCAGUGGAUAUUGAUGCUUGGAUGACCUCAGUAGGGUGUCAAACCAGCGCUUCAGGAAAUGGCAAAUAUCUUAUGGAGAUUCAUGAUUUACAGAAUGUCGUUAGCAAGCUUCGUGUGGCUAUGCCAGACCCCACCGAGCUAUCGUGUGCAAAAGCAAUCGCAUUUUUUAAGCCAGAACUGAAAGGUCUUCACGACCCAUGGCAUGUGGAACAACUACAAGAUCAAGCGCAGUGCAUGCUGGGUGAACACAUCCGUCAACAACGUCCUGAAGAAUAUGUGAGAUUUGGCAGGCUGCUUUUGCUGAUACCACAACUUAGUAAAAUCAACACUUCAUUGGUUGAACGCAUGUUCUUUCAAUCUAGUGCACACGUCAAACCGAUGGAUAAGCUCAUAAAUGAGAUAUUCAAUGUCUGUUAGGAUUCCAGAACACUUACAUGGUAGAACUUAUUCAAUACACAUUACAAAUUUAUGCCUAUUUGUCAUUCAAUAGACCUUUUUAUACUUUUUAUCCGUCAUAGCCUUGUUUCGAUGUAAACUCAUUUCACACGCCAGGUUUAUAUUUGAAUGUAUUCAAUGCUUUCUUGCUGCUCUUACUCUCAAUAAGUAAUUUUAACCCUACCAGCACGACGUGUGAUGAUAUUUGACAAAAGAUUGAGGCCCAUUAGGUGAGAAGUGAAUAAACAGCAGGUCGAUUGAUACAUUUCAAAUAUAACCAGAUAAUGAAUUGAGUGAUAUUCCUCGCUGAUCUCAAUACAGAGUUCCUGGCAACGUGGAUUGAGAUGAGCGGAAGAUAUAACUCACAUAACAGGCUCUUUAGAUGGAGCGUUAUUGCAUAGCAACAAAAAGAGAAGAAUAAAAGUUAUAUAUUUACGAAGCUCUAAACUAGCAGAUUUGACACAAAAACAUUUUAAAAGUUUGCAUGUAAUGUUUUGGACGGACGACUGAACUGUAGAUCAAGGCUUCAGAAAUGAACAAGAGCUUCUAUACUAACGGAAAUCGUUAUGCAUUCGACUCCAAUAGUACUAACUAUGAGAUAUAUGAAUAUUAGAUUAAAUGUUAUAUAAUUAUAUAGUGUUGUUUAUAUGAAAUGAUGAGACUAACAGAAGUAGAAGAAUAUAAUAUACGAUCAUUGCUGUAUAUUUUUCAUUGAAUGAGAAAAGUUAGAAGUUAGAAAAAGUAAAAUUAA